GUUUAUGUAUUUUGGCGAUUGUAUUUUGCUAUAAUUUCGUUUUAGUUGCAAUUUAUCAGGAAAUUCUAGAUUGCGACCAUAAUUAAACUUUCUUUAUAAAUUAAUAGUAUGGGUAAUGAAACCAGUCAAAACGUCACUUACAGCGACAAAAUCAACAACGAUGUUAAACUUACUUGGAAAAAAGUGGGAAGUCCAUUUCCGUCAGUCGGAAGGGAAGGGCAGACGGCAUGUUCCUUAGGAUCCAAAGUUUAUGUUUUUGGCGGUGUUUUACCUGGUGGAGAUGAAGUGAUAGAAUCAAAUGAAUUAUUUUUAUUUGAUUCAGAAACAUUAGUAUGGGAAAAGGUCCGAACAAGAGGAACACAACCACCUGGUCGCUCAGCCGCAAGUUUAGUCGGUGUAGGAGAUAAAUUAUAUUUAUUUGGUGGAUUAAGUCAGAAUUUUGGUUGGUUUGAUGACCUCUUUGUUUUUGAUACAGUUUCAAACAGCUGGUCUGUAGUAACAGGGGAUGGAGAAAGACCAUGUGCUAGAGAUAAAUUACAAGCAACAGUUGUAGAUAAAUCUAUUUAUUAUUUUGGUGGGUUUGGUCCGAAGAGUGCAGAUGAAGAUAUACUGGAAGAAGAUAAUGAAGAAGAAGAUGGAGCUGAAUUUGGAUGGUUUGAUGACUUGUUUGUUUUUAAUACAGAAUCAAAGAAAUGGAGUGAACCUAUGCAGAUGAAUUUGGGUGUUCCGACAGCUCGUGCAGCACAUGGUAUGUGUACAGUUGGUAGAAAUAUUGUAAUAUUUGGUGGACGAGAUAUGGAGAGUAGGAGAAAUGAUUUACGCAUGUUUAAUAUAGAUUCCAGAAAAUGGAACACAGAAUUGAAAGUCAAUGGUCGUGAACCUGAACCUAGAUCAUUUCAUACAACAACUAGUGUAGGUAAUAGAGUAGUGGUUAUGGGAGGUCGUGGAAUAGAGAAUCAACAUUUUGCUGAUGUACAUAUAUUUGACACAGAUUCUACUGAAUGGCUACAACCAAACAUAGAUGGUGAUUUACCAUGUGGUAGAGGGCAGCAUUCAGUGGUUUUAGCAGGAGACAGGGUUGUUUUAUUUGGCGGUUCAGGCUCAUUUAAUCCAGAAAUUAUGCAAUGUACAGAACAUUUUACAGAUACCUAUAUUUUAGAUAGAAAUGAUAUUUUAAAAGGCAGCUCUAUUUCAAGUAACGGUACUACAUCAUAGAACCAACUCACCUCUUUGUAUACACGUAGAUUGUCACUCAGACCCAGUCAGGAUAUAAGGAUACCAGUGUGGUAGUCUACUUGGCCCUGCCCUCAGUGCAUUGCUUACACGUUAGCUACACUUAGUAAAUGCAAGUCAAAAAUCCUUGUAUUAUUUGAUGGAAAAAGUUGACUUGACUUGUUUUUAUACGCCCACGUGGAAAUAUGGACGUAUAUUGCUGUCGCCCCUGUCCGUCCAUCUGUCUAUCGUCCACAAUUUCUUGUGAACGCUCUAACGCCAAAAGUUAUUAUCCGAUUGUUUUAAAAUUGAUAUAUGUGGUUUACAUUAGUGAGAUGAAGAAUCCUAUUUAAACCUUGUGAACACUAUUACUCCAAAUGUUAUCAUCCGAUCUUACUGAAAUUUAUUUAGAUUAAUGAAACAAAGAAGCAAUUUCCGUUUAUUACGUCUACAGUUAUGGCCCUUGUUUCACAUUAUUGAACCUUGUGAACGCUCUAACGCCAAAAGUUAUCAUCCGAUCUUUCUGAAAUGUAUAUGCAUUAUUUAAAUUAGUAAAAUGAAGAAGCCUAUUGAAUUUCAGCAAUUUCUGUUUAUUACGUCUAGAGUUAUAGCCCUUGUUUCACUUUAUUGAACCUUUUGAACGCUCUAACGCCGAAAGUUAUCAUCCGAUCCUUGUGUAAUUUAUAUGCAUUAUUUAAAUUAGUGAAACCACGAAGCCUAUUGAAUUUCAGCAAUUUACAAUAAUUACUUCUAGAGUUAUGGCCCUUGUUUCACUUUGUUCAACCUUGUUAAUGCUGGAUUGAUGAAAAUUAUCAUCCGAUAUGUAUGAAAUUUAUAUGCAUCAUUUAAAUUUGUGAAACAGAGGUCUAUUGAAUUUCAGCAAUUUCCGUCAAUAAUUUCUAGAAUUAUGGCUAUUGUGAACCUUGUGAACAUUUGAAUGAAAAAAGUGAUCAUCUGAUCUGUAUGAAAUUUAUAUGCAUUAUUUAAAUUAGUAAAAUGAAAAAGCCUGUCAAAUUUCAACAAUUUCUGUAGAUUACUUCCAGAGUUGAGACCCUUGUUUCAGUUUGUAGAACCUUGUGAACCCUCAAACGACAAAAUGUAUAAUCUGAUCUGUAUGGAACUGUCUUGUAAAGGCCCCCAAUUACCUACAAAGGAAUAAAUAUAUGACAAUCCUGGUCGACCGCUCGGACGAUUUAGCUGAUGUGGGCGUAUGUUUCGUUGCCUGGCAACCUAUCUUUUAACUAGACAUUAGCUCACAGUUUCACACUUUCGCAUAGAUCCAAACAUCGACAGGGAUUUUAGCAGUCUAGGUCACCAAGAGACAAUGCUUUAGGGAUUACCAAAACUUGAAUCUACACAGGUUGAAUCACAACCUCUGUAUCAGAAGUCCUUCAAAUACAUCAGUAUAUUGGAUAUUGUGCAGCACUGUACUGUAAAAUCAAAUUAUUUGUCAUCAUUCAUGAAAGUUGUUUUUGAUUAUGUAACAAGGAAAGCAACAAGCAUAAUAUUAACAAACAAAUAGUGACAUUCAUAAUAAUGGGAACACAUUAAAGAUCUGUAAUUUUGCUAAAAGCCUGAAAGUACUAGUAUAUAGCUUUCCAUGCUGCAUGGAAUCAUACCUGCAUUUUGAGGGGUCAUAAUUCAUUUCUGUUUCUUUAAAAUAGUUAUGGUAACCCAAAGUGAAAACUAUUAUAAUAUAAAUUUUGUUUUUCGUGAAGACUAAUGGGGAGACAACUCCUGUUACCAAUUGAGGAGAUUAUUGUCUCCCGCCUUUCGAAGAAAGCAGGGGACUAUUAAAAUGGGUUCGUCCGUCUGUCUGUCUGUCUGUCUGUCCGUCCUUCUGUCUGUCUGUCUGUCCGUCACACUUUUUGGAACACAAUAACUCUCCUAAUUAAGGCAACACAAAUAAAAUAAGUUGUUUCUCGGGCACCGCCCGCACGCAAAAUUGGUUGCGCGUGCGGCCUAUUUAUUAGUCUUGAUGAAAAAUAAAAAAUAUGUAACGCCCGCCCGAACAUCGAUAAGCAAGUCAUAAAAAGAAUAUGCCGCAUGUAUCUACAUGCCCCAUACGUGAAUAUCCAUUCAAAUGUAUUAAACUGAUUUAGAUGCAAACGCUCAUUUACAGGUCUUUUUUAUUGAUAUCGAAAGAACCUCCAUUUUUGUAUCACGUGAUUUUAAUUACCUCCCCUUGUGAACUAGAAUUUGAUUCGUGUUAAACACCGAAAGUCAUUGACAACAAUGCAAUGUAUUUCAAUCAUUCGAUCUUAAUCGGCUCAUUAUUGCCGGCUUCAGUCGGCCCAUGUUUGAAAAAAUCCUACUUAUAAAACAAUGAAUCGUAGAACAGGUUAAUUAUUAUAACUUGUGGCUAAGAAUACGAUACGAUGAUAGUCACCAUACCUUAGUCAGAAUCUGGGUCAUUAGCACAUUUAACGGUAGUUUUGAUAAUCCGGAAAAUAAUAAUUUGAUUACACAUUUGAUGGUUUUACUGACCAGUUGUUAGUUAAAUUUAAAUAGUCAUUCGAUAUAAACCCCAGAUAGAACACCGAAUAUCCUGAGAAACACACCGAAUAUCCUGAGAAACAGUCAUUUCCCGAAUCCCGAUGACACGUGACAUGCAUUGGUUGGAAUUAGGUCAAUCAUUAUAAACCAGCGAUACUAGAUUUAGAUCUAAGUGUCGUUUACCGUGAUGAUUAUUUUUGAUACACAUGCUGACAGAGGCUUACUCUUUAAAAUAUUGUCGUUAUUAUGGACGUCUAUUAAUAGUCGUACGGAAUUUUAUUUUAAACCAAUUUUAAUUAUGGUUGUCACCAUUACCAUUAGUAAACUACAUUACGUGAAUUAAAUAUGGAAAAUUAUUUUCCUUUCAGUCAGUGUUCAGUGUUUGAGUAGACUUGAUUUUUGGGUUUAUGUUCUAAGUAUGUAUAAUAUAUAACUGAAAGCAAAACCGUAGACGAGUAAUGACUUUCUCAUUAAAAAAAAAAAAAAAAAAUACAAGGCCGCCCUCCCGCCCCAACAAUUUUCAACAAUAGCCAAAUUUUAUUUUGCACCAUCCUCUAGCCAGAAAUGAGGUAAAAAAAAAAAAAUAAACCGCCCUCCCCCCCUAUAGUUUCAGCUGUCAGUUGCCCGAGAAACAAGACAUUUAUUUUGUGUAGCCUAAGCUUGAAAUUUGGUGUAGGGGUUUAUGAGGUCAAUGCCUUGAUGGAGUGCGAAGAUCAGCAUUUUCUGCUUAGGGUAAGCAGAGAUAAGCAAUUUGAUUGGUUGAUGCUUUGGAACACGAUAACUUUAGUUCUAAUUAAGUGAGAGUGAUGAAACUUGGUGUAUAGUUUUAUUACAUCAAUACCUUGACUAAGUUCGAUGAUGAGAAUUUUCUGCUUAGGCUAACGAGCAAUAAGCAUUUUGAUUGGUCAAGACUUUGGAACAUAACAACUCUUCUUCUAAUUGAGGUAGAAUGUUUAAACUUGAUGUAGAUGUUCGUCUUGACUGAGUUCAAUGAUUAACAUAUCGAGCUAAAGCUAAGCAGAGAUAAGCAAUUUCCUGCUUUGGGACAAAAUAACUUUGAUUCUAUCUGAUAGAGAGUGAUGAAACUUAGUGUAUAGUUGAUAAUCAGUUUGAUUGCUUGAUACUUUGGAAAAAAAUAGAUGUGCUAUUAAUUAAUAUGUGUCAUCUAUUUAUUUGGGGAUUUCGGCGGGGGACAUCAGCCUCACUGUUGGCUUGUUUAUUUGGGAAACUUGAUUGAAUAUUCAGGAAUUGAAUUCUCUCAGUCCCACGAAUAGUGACAAUCAUGUGAAGGGGUGAUUUCAGGCUACAACGCAUGCACCAACUGCAUAAUAAAAUAUCUCAGCCAACCAUGACAUCUGAAACAUAUUUGUUGUGUUGAACUACUCACACUACCUGCAUUGUAGGGACUGACAAAACUGUAACAGGGCUGAAUUGCACGUCACUUGACUACAAUUCUGUCAAUUCGGGACAUUCUGUACUGGAAUUGUGCAUCCCCAUUAUUUCCUUUUGUACCAGCUGUUUGUUGAUCAAUUUUUUCAGCACACUUUUGCAUUCCCAAGUUAUAUUUUAAGUUUUACUAUUUGGAUUAGAAUAGUUAAAAAUAAUAUUAACUUAUAAAAGAAGGCAAAAUAAACAAUGUGAUGUAAUAAGAUACAGGAACCCAGGUGGUCAAGAUUUGUAUGAUACUGCAACAUGUUACUGUUAGGCAUGUGGGAGCUAUUUAUUGAAUGUUACAGAAAAUAAGUAUGGUUUGUCAGGAGCUUUAGACAUUUGAAUAUAUUCAAAUUUUUUUUACGAGGAGGCUUAUUUGGGUUUGAUAUAUCACAACAUAUAAUAUGAUUAGACAUACAAACAAUAAUUUGCAGACUCAUUGAAAUAUACAUUUCAGGGAAUUAUAUGAUGACAUACAUGAAAAUUAAAUGGAUGUUUUAAAAAUGUAUUAACAUUUUGGUUAUUCUUAUAUUAUAUUUAACAAAAUAUAUUCAGUGUUUCUAACAUUUAUAUCAUUGUUUUUAUUGACUGUCAUUAAAAAAAACACUGUAUAUUCAAUUAGGUUGUUACGUUAUGCUAUUAAAGUUUACAAUAUUUU